AUGAAAUCUAAAGUGGUUAUGCCUCCCCCCGGUGAUUUUCAAAAAGAAGAUGUUUAUCUUCGAAAGAGAUGGAGAAGAGUCCAAUACAUGGCGAACAUAUUUUGGACAAGAUGGAAAAGAGAAUAUUUGCAAACCUUACAAGCGAGAACGAAGUGGAAUCAGCCUAAAAGAAGCAUCGAGAUUGGAGACAUUGUUCUUAUUAAAGAUGAAAACACCGCAAGAAAUGAUUGGCCUAUGGCACGAGUGGUCAACGUAAGCCAAGAUUCGAAAGGACUCGUUCGUUCAGCGACGCUCAAGUUAUCAUUUUCCACCCAAGAACGUCCAAUUGAUAAACUGGUACUGUUGAUGGAAAACGACGAAACUUUAGAUGCACAAAACAUUAAGUAG